GUCCUCACGCGGUUUCCGGCCGUGCUUGGGGCUCUGGGCUGGGCGCGGCGGUGAAGCCGCGUCCCGGGCCCCCCUGGCUCCGCCAUGUUCCGCAGGGCACGCCUAAGCGUGAAGCCGAAUGUCAGGCCCGGUGUCGGCGCCAGGGGUUCCACGGCUCCCCAGCCCCAGCGUGGACGGGAGUCUCCCAGGCCACCGGAGCCUGCAGCCGAGUUCGCUUCAAAGACUGCGGAGUCUGCACAUGUGCCGGCGGUGGCUUCCGGGGGAUCGGAGCCCCAGGAAAAGGCUCCCGUGAGCAGGGAUGAAAACACUGGUGGUGAACAUAAGGUUGAAGAAUCCACUAAUGUGUCCACUACUGCUUCACAGAGAAGAAAACGAGUAUCCAGUACUUCUAGUGUAGGGAAACCUAGUGUCAGUGUUCCUUCACAGUCUCAUCCCUUAUCUACAGUUAAUCAAGACACUUCACAGCCAAAUCCCAUUACAACAAGAGAGAAGCAGCCAUGUUCAGACAGAUACCGAAUAUAUAAAGCCCAGAAACUGAGGGAAAUGUUAAAGGAAGAACUGAGAAAAGAGAAGAAACAAUGGAAAAACAAAUACGGUAUAAAUGAAAGCCAGAAGAUAGCAGAUCGUUCAAAAAUGACAAUGAGAGACUUCAUAUAUUAUCUUCCCGAUAAAAAUCCCAUGGCUUCUUCACUGGAACAAGAAAAGAAAAAUGAAAAAUCAGUGACUCCAGUUCAAACAAGAGAGUAUUUAACUGUUGAAGUUUUAAGGACAAAAGGCCCCUGUGUUGUUGAGGAAAAUGACCCUAUAUUUGAGCGAGGCUCUACAACUACCUAUUCCAGCUUUAGAAAAAACUGUUACUCUAAACCAUGGUCAAAUAAAGAAACAGAUAUGUUUUUUUUAGCCAUCAGCAUGGUAGGAACGGACUUUUCUAUGAUUGGACAACUUUUUCCUCACAGAGCAAGAAUAGAAAUUAAGAAUAAAUUUAAACGUGAAGAGAAAACAAAUGGAUGGAGAAUAGACAAAGCAUUCCAAGAAAAACGUCCUUUUGACUUCGAUUUUUUUGCUCAUUUACUUCAGAAAGUUCUUGCUGAAGAAGAGAAAAGAAAACAAAAAUCUGUUAAAAAUCAGAGUUUGAAGGAAAAGUCCUCCAAACCACGGAAAAACGUAAAAGUGAAAAAAGUUACUAAUGUAGGAGUGAAUGAUGAGCCAGAUGAAUCUGUGAGUACUAAAAUUUCUGAUACAGAAAGAUCUCUGAAGGAUGCUCAGACAGUUGAAGAAGAAUCUCAGAUUUCAUCAGGACAGGAUUCAGAACAAGUUGUAUUAGAACAAGACCAAAAUCAAAAGAAAAGGAAAAGGAAGAAUCAAGAUGAGACUAAUGAACAGCAAGUAGAAACCCUUUUAGGAAAUGUCACAGUUCAUACAAAUCCAUCUGAAAGUGAAGUAAACAAGAGUAACAGUCAGGUUUUAUGUCCUGAGACAAGUGAAGAAUGCAGUACACAACAGCUUUCCUGUCGGGAAAACGUAGAUGACAUUGUGGGGUUAGUGCCUAAAGAAAAAGUUGAGAAGAGAAUUGACCCCAUCCUUCCACCAAGUAAUCAACCAGAUACCAUGCGAAUAGCUUCUAAGUCUUCAGAAUCAAGCACUUCAGAUUUACCCCCAUCAGAAGUUGGAGAUGUAGCAUUUUAUGAAGUGAAUAAUUCUGACAGUAGUUGUACAGAAGGAAAACAUGUUGACUUAGAGAAAAAAGCAGUGGAAAUUGAUCAAGCAGAAAAUAUCAAACCAUUGUUGAGAGUUCGUCACCAGCGACCUAAACCUAAUCUGUCCAGGGCAAUUGGGAAAAAAUUAGGCAAAACAGAUGCUGAGAACAAGAGUUCACAGUCAGACAAUUCAGUUGAAAAGGAUUCCAUGGAAAAGGAGAAGAGGAAUGUAAUUGACAGUUCAGAAUUAGAGAGUACAAGAAGAGAGGACUCAGAAGCUGACACUGUAUCUACUUUGAGUGAAAAAACUUGUCUGCAGGAAGAUAAUCAGCCAAAGGCUUGCAAAACUGUACGACCAAUGCGGGGCCGAUUACAACGACCAAAGCCAAAUGUAGGGAAAGCUUUAGAAAGAAAAAUGAUCACACCACAGGAAAAAAUUGGGGACAAUAUAGAGAAGAAUGGGAAUGAAUCUUGUGUUGAUAGAGAUAUUACUCCACAAACAACAGAUCAGACCUUUAAAAACUUCCAGUGCGAAGAUACCAUAUCAGAAUCUGAGAAGACUAAUAGUCCUUUUCAAAAUGUACUGCCAGAUGAGUCCAAAGAUCUUAAUCAAUAUCUAAGCAUUCCAGAGGAUAAUGAAACAAAUGUACUCAAACAAGUCUCAAUUCAAAGGACUCUAUUUCAGAAGCCAAAGCCAAAUAUAGGAAGAAGAAAUGGAAAAAGAGAAAUUUCCUCAAAGGGAGAGGUGCCAGAAGAAAUUCUUGUCUCUCAAGAACUAACAGCAACUUCGAGAGAAACUGUAAGACUAGAUACUUCACCUGGGGAGAAGGUACCAAGUACAACUGCUAGUAAGGAAUUGGACUCAGAUUUAAAAGCAACUGGAAGAAGUGACAUCUCUCCCAGUGAGAUCAUUACAGAAAUGACUGAUAUCACUGGGGAAACGGAGACAGAUUUGAAAGGAAUUGAAAGAGACAUUUCCCCAAAAGAGACAGUACAGGGAAUGAUUGAUAUCACUGUAGAAACAGAGACUGCUUUGAGAUCAGCUAGAAAAGAGGUUUCUUCAAAGGAGACAAUACCUGAGUUGAUUGAUACCAUUGAGGAAAAUGACACAAAUUUGGAAGAAAGUGGAAAGGAAAUAGUUCCACAAGAAAGUGGCCCUGAUGUAGACAAGCCUGCAAUUGAGAUGGAGAUGAGUUUGAAAGAAACUGGAAAAGAGAGAACAUCAGAAAUGAUUGUUACUACUAACAAAAGAGAUUUAGAAGAAACUGAGGGAAGAGAAAGAUCUGCACUGCUAAAGGCCCAAGAGGAGGCCAAAACUAUAGAUGAAAUGAAAAUAUAUUUGAAAGAAAUCAGAGGAGAAUCAUCCCAAGGAGUAAAGGUAUUAGAGGAGGCUAGUGUUACUGGAAAAAGGGAAAUUGAUUUCAAUGAAACUGGAAAAGAAGACAUUUCCCUGAUGGAGGUAGUAUCAGGAAGGUUGACUGCCAUUGAGGAAACUGAGGCAGAUUUCAAAGACACAGGAAGAGAAAUUUCUGAAGGGAUCAAUAUUACUAAAGAAGUAAUGGCAGACUUGGAAGAAGAUGGAAAUAUAGACAUUUCUCCAAAGGAAAAUGCAGCAGAGGAAUCUGGUACUUCAAAACAAAAUGAGACAAAUGUAUUGCAGAGCAGUAGUAGUGACUGCAUCCCUGUGCCUUCAUGUGAUAUGGAAAACAUUAGAACUGAAGCAGCCUCGGUGAUGUGUACAUCUACAAAAGAGAAAGAAAGUUCUGAAAAGGAAGUGUCAAGUCAUUUGAAGACUUUUUCACAGAGUUCUGGGCUUUGUGAAGCAGAUCAGGUUGUACAACCUACAGAUAAUGCAGAUCAGGUGGUACAACCUACAGAUAAUGCAGAACACUUGUCAGCGAGUAACUUAAGGACUCAAAAACAAGAUGAUUUCCAACAAAAGACAAAGGAAAAUGUUAACCAAACUGCUCUACCACUGAGAGGCCGGCUUCAUAGACCAAAACCAAAUAUACGAAAGGCUAGACAGCGACAAAUAAUGGAAAAAGGUGAAGCUGAAGACAAAAUUAAGACAGAAGGAACAAUAACACAGAAAGAUGAAAUGAAGAAAUCCCUGGCUGUGUCAAAUGCUGAAAUUGACACUGAAAUUGAAGUUGUAUCCUCCAAAGUUUCUGAAUGCAGAAUGGAUGAAAAUGAAAGUCAUGUGGUUCCUGCAGAAAGUCUCCCUGUUGACAAGACUAUUUUGGAGGAAAAAAAUAUUUUGGAGGAAAAGAUAAGAUGUGAAGAAAAUAAGCCAUGUGUUCCUAGUCCAGCACAAUUGAUAAGAAGAUUCUUCCAAAAGCCUAAGCCAAAUUUGAGCAGAGCAAACAGUAAAAAAGGAGCAGGUAUGAAAAAAAGCACAACAGAUGAGAACAAGGUAUGCAAACCAGAAGAUAAUUUGCUGCAGCAAGGAGAUUCUGACACCCAGCUCCUUGUGAAAGAAAAGACAGAGAUUUUGACCUCUCUGGAAGUUUCAGCAAGAAAAGAUUGUGUAGGUUCUGAAGACUGUAGUUUGGCUCAAAAAUAUGCUCAAUUAGAUGUUGGACCAUCGAGGAGUGUUGAAGAGGAAACUGGAAAAAAUAAUUCUGUGUCUUCCAUUGUUCAGGAACAACAUCUCAGUAAACCUACCAGGGAUGGAGCCAAGUGGUACAUGCAUAUUUUAGGAAAUAACAGCAAUAUCUACUUAGCUGCCCAUUAUGAGACCUCUGACUAUCAGGACUGGUACACGAAGAGUAAAGGUCUUGAAAUCACAGAGAAUGUUGCCGAUGUAGGAUGUGUAACUGUUGUUGAGCAUCAGCUUCCCCACAUGGAUGUGACUACCCAGGAAGUGAAGCAGGGAAAAGAUUUGUAUACAUCAUCAUUUGAAAUGACCUCUGGAGAACAAGCUCCAAGUGUAGCAGAUCCCAGCGAUGGAAGCACCGAAGCUGCCAUAACUUUGCUGACAAUGGGAGAUAUAGUCCUGCAGUCAGAAAUCAGUACUGACCAGGGUGAUGUAGGUGUGUGCAUAUUUCAUUCAGAGGAUGGGAGUCAUAUUCCUUUUAGCACAGAAAAUGUAAAUCACAAGCCCGUUGAUGAAUAUCAAGAAUUUAAUUCACUUAUCACAAGUGCAUCUACUGCAUCAUUGGAAGACAGGAUUGUGUCAGAGGAACGGACUAUUGGAGAAAAAGUUGAUUUAAUGGAAGAAAUAAAGGAAACUACACCAACCAGAAAUGCAGUUUCUCAAGGGACCAGCAAUUUAAGAAUGAGGAGUAGAUUUGUGAAGCCGAAGUCAAAUUUUGAGAAAAUUUCAGACACCAGCAUGUUUGAUGCUCAUAAAGAAGUUUCCAAUUUUUGUAUAGCUAAAGGGGAAGAAAAACAAAGUCAAAGAGAAACUGAGCAAAAUGUUUCCAAAGCAACAGAAUUGGAAGAUAAAACCCUUGGGCCAGUUACAACAGCAGAAAAUAAGGAGCAGAACCAAUUGACAAGUAUCCAUUGUGUCGAAGGGACCAGUAUUCCACUGGAAGCAAACCUAGUGAAAAGAAAUGAAGAGGAAGAAGAGAGAGCUGAGGUGGCUCAGGUUCUGUCAGUUACUUCAGUUUCUCCUGAGACAGUUCCUCAUACACUUGGUUCGAGUUGGGGUCUUUGUGAGAGUUCUAUGGAGGAGACCUUGAGAAAGGAAUCUACUGGAGAAAGUGUGCUCACAUUUCAUGCACCAGAGUGUACAUCAACUUCUAUUCCAGAAGUCCAACAAAAGAAUGUAAUCAAUCCUGAAGAUCUAGCAGUGAAUCUGUUUGCGAAUAUACAUCAAGAUGGAGAUGAUGAACAAGCAGUCAUUUUAACUCUGGUGGAAAUCCCAACUAGUGAAGCAGGAGAAUUUACUGGUGAUUCUAUGCAGUUAAUGCCAAACCCUUUACUACCAGCACCGAUAUUGAUCAAAUCAGGGAAUACUGAAGAAAGAAGUGACUUGAGGGGGUACUGUUCAGUUGAUACCAGGAUUGUACCUGAGGUGUGUUCAAAGGAAUCAAAUGUUUCUGAGGCAACAGGGCUGUCUUACAAGAGACAAGGCAUUUUCCCUGCCUCAGAAAGCUUACAUACAACUCCAGAACAUCAAAAUGAGCAACUGGAUCCAACUUUUCAGAAUACAGGAUCUGUUCCUCAUGACAACAUAAGAGAUCUCUGUGAAGAAAGGAACAUGGUUCAAUUGCCUCAAGAUGAAAUGAUUGUGUCUGAUAAAGAAGAAAGAUCUAAUACUGGUUCUAAAUCUGAACAGAUAGAUAAAGGAACAUUGCCUUCAAAAGCCCCACUAACCAGGUAUCAUGAGAAGUGCUUUAAUAAGUGUUCCUCUGAGUCACUCAUUAAGUACAAUCUAAAAGUUUGUAGUGAUCAACCCUCACUAAAAGAAGAAUGUAAAAGUGGCCAAAAACGGGCACCUGAAGAUGAGCCACCCACAGUCUCUGAAUAUUACUUUGGUGAUAUUUUCAUUGAAAUGGAUGAAAUAGUAUAAAAUAAUUGUUUUUGUUUUUUCUUUCUUUUUUAAGCUUGGGAGUUUUAAAGUCAAUAUUAAUGCAGUAUUGAGAAAAACAUAUCAUUGUCUAUUUUAACUUAGGUCAAUUUUGAAUAUUUAAUAAGCUUCAUUGGAAGCUUUUGUAAUCAUUGAAAAAUAUUGCUGAAGUUUAUUUUGAUUGAUUCAGCAUUUUGGAAAUUAGCAAGUAAUGAAGACAGCUGUUUUUGCCGGGCAUAGUUGGCUCAUGCCUGUAAGCCUAGCUACUCAGGAGGCUGCAAUUUGAGGAUCACAGUUCAAAGCCAGCCU